AUGGGAAACUCCAGAAUCAAUGCCUCUGAGGCUCCCAGCUUUAUUCUGACAGGCUUUCCAGGAAUGGAAGCCGUGGAACCUUGGCUGUCCCUCCCUUUCCUUUUGUUCUAUGCCAUCUCCAUUGUAGGCAACUCCCUGAUCCUCCUCAUCAUCAAGGAGGAGCAGAGCUUGCAUCAGCCCAUGUACUACUUCCUGUCCCUAUUGUCUGUGAACGACCUGGGCGUGUCUUUCUCCACUCUGCCAACUGUCCUGGUGGCUCUUUGCUUCCAUGCCCGAGUGAUCACUUUUCAUGCCUGCUUGGCCCAGAUGUUUUUUAUACAUCUCUUUUCUUGGACAGAGUCUGGCAUCCUCCUGGCUAUGAGUUUCGAUCGCUAUGUUGCCAUAUGCAACCCACUGCGCUAUGCGACAGUACUCACCAACGCCCGCGUCGUGGCGAUGGGCCUGGGCACAGCGCUCCGCAGCUUUGCUCUCAUCGUGGUCUUCCCAGUGCUUCUGCGCAGACUGCCCUUCUGCCGCCCUCAGAACAUCCUCUCCCACGCUUACUGCCUACACGUGGACAUGAUUAAGCUGGCGUGCACCGAUGUUUCCCUCAAUAGCCACUAUGGGCUGUCCAUCGUGUUGCUCACCUUUGGCCUGGACUCUGCGCUCAUCCUCAUCUCUUACGUGCUUAUCCUGCGAUCAGUGCUGGCCAUCGCGUCUCGGGAGGAGCGCCUCAAGACACUCAACACCUGUGUGUCCCACAUCUUGGCUGUGCUCAUCUUUUAUGUGCCCAUGGUCAGUGUGUCCAUCGUGCAUCGCUUUGGGGCCGGCCUGCCUCACGCAGUCCACAUCCUCAUGUCUACCCUCUAUCUCUUUGUUCCCCCUAUGCUAAAUCCUGUCAUCUAUUCCAUCAAGACAAAGGAGAUACGCCGGAGGCUUCGCAAGAUGCUUUUCAGGGUCAAGCUGUGA